CAGUCGUACGCGAGAUGUCUUUUAACUAGCAGCGUACCAGUAGUGAACACAGUGUCACAUUCAUCUUUUUUCUCGAUAAAAACAAAACUUUCUAAACAAAUAUGAAUUACAUUGUGCAAACUGUGAUAUUAAUUUUUGGAUAUUUUAUCAUUAUUGACGGAUUCGAACAAAAAUCGCGAACAAAAAAGGCAAGAGCACCGCCCCCCGAACCGGAAAACGAUGUGGAAACUGAUUUCGAUGAAAGAAACAACCCCUUAAGUAGUAACUAUGUGCCUCCUGGAUUUUUAAGCCCAUCAGUUGUCGAAUAUUUGGAAUUGGGAAAAUCUAUUCCAGGUAGACCAGGGUCGGACUACCCCGUUUUGGGCACGGUACCUUACACGAAUUUCUACUGCGACGAGCAGCCCUAUCCCGGAUUUUACGCCGACACGGAAACCCGGUGUCAAAGUUGGCAUUACUGCGACAUUGACGGCCGCCAAACGACUUUCCUUUGUCCAAACGGAACGCAAUUCAGUCAGGCAGUGUUCGUCUGCGACUGGUGGUUCAAUGUCAGAUGCGACCUUAGUGAAAAGUUAUACGUUAUAAACAGUAGACUUUACGGGAGGCCAAAACUGGAUCCUGCCAAACCACACCGAACAAUCACCAAACAGCUUCUCGAAGACAUAUUUAACGACGAAGAGAGAAAAUAAAAAUAGUCAUAGGAUGUUUUUAAUUGUACAAAAAAUAGUAAUUUAGGGCUUAACAAUAAAUCGCAGUAAACCACUAAGGGACUGACCAAUGGUCAGUGACCAUAUAUUACGUCAUUAAGUCUACCACUAUUGUAUGACAUGGAGUUGUAAAUUAAAU